UCAUGCUGCUGCCAAGGUCCAGACUGAUCCUCUCAUGGGUCCUGCUGUACGGCCUCCAUUUGUGCUGUCUCCAUCGCACAACUCUGCCAUGUGCCACUUUCCAGGUCUUCUCCUCACACACUGCUGGUGUGUUUGAAUUUUUUGACAUAGGCUGCUUGGAUGGCUGGGGCUUACGGGCCUACCAUUGCUUGCUGCCAGGCUCGUUAUUCUGCCAUUGGGCCACCCGUUACCGCCUCCUCAUGUGUGCUUGCCAGGUCCAGAGUUUUCUCAUGGGUCCCUGUUACGGCCUCCCAAUGCUGCUGUCUCCAUCGGCCCACACUUCUGCCAUGUGCCACUUUCAGGUCUCCUCACACUCCUGCUGGUUUCCAUUUUGU